AUGGCGCCAAUCCGCCGCUACCUGCGCAUCAGCCGCCACUCAGUACUCGAGUGCCGCAUUUUCCUCGAGAACCACGCAGAUCGCGAUCGCUGGCUGUUGAAUCCACAAGAUCCGGCGCUGAAUCGUAUUUUCGAGGCGGUGAAGCCGUAUGUGCUUCCCAAGCUGCGGGAAGAGAAUGAGAGAGUCAAGAGCAAGGGCAAGAAAAAGAAGAGCAUAAAAGAUGUCAUUGUUAAAGACGAUUUCCAAGUGGCAGUCUUCCUGACGGAAGCGACCACUCGGCACGCUCUUAUGAUUAAGAAUAAGACCUUCGAGGACCGUGAGCCGAUCAAGAGCAACAGCAGCAAGAUGCUAGAUGCUGAUCGAGCACCCGUUACAAUUGCCGACGAAAGUGACGAUGAUGACGGACGAUUGGCUGAUAUCCCUAUGGCGACGAAUGACUCCGACAACGAAGAGUCUGUCCCCUCAGCUGCUUCGGCGGUUGCACGCGAUGAUAAGAAGAAGCUAGCAUUUACCACCACCUACGAUGGCUUCAACAUCUGGGGUUUUGUCCUGGUUCUCAUGGUAGAGCGAAAAGGCGGUCCUGGGAAGAAGACCUCCAGCAAGGGCGAGGCGCAUGGGCAAGCAUUGAUGGAAGAAUGGAUUGCUACACAGCGGGAACAGCUGGAGGACUGA